CACAGCGUUCCGGUCCGAACACGCCACGUCGGGUCUGAACAGGCCAGCAAAGGCAGAGGGGGAGGGGAAGAGCGGCGGUGGAGCGCUGUUGGCACAGCGCCAAGUCGGCGGCCGCGGCCCUGUUGGCGCAUUCGUGUCGGCCGGGAACCAAUAGCAGCGCGGGACUCGGGCGGGGGGCUGGGGGUAUUGGUGGUGGUUUAGAACGUAGUGCAAGCUGGUGAAUUCAAGCGAAGUGGCCACGUCAGCUCACGAGCUUACGACGUGCCUGUGACUGGUGCGAUUCGAAUGCGGCUGCGUGGGAGUUUACCAUCGCGUCACUGCUGCGCGGUGUCCGGACUUGUGUGCGCCUGCGGACAACUCAGUUGAGCGCCGUCGCCGAAGGAGUGGGGGCAGGUGCCGAGUGAGAGCGAGCGGCAGGAAUGGUGCUGGGGCCCCAGUCGCGGCGUCUGCUGGCGGAGCCGAUGCCGACUGUUGUGCCGAGUCGCCAGCGCCCGCUGCCGAUGCUCGCGCGGCUGGAUACGAACACAGAGUAUGUGCUGCCGCACGCGCCGCCGCCGCAGCCGGUGCAGCCGGCCGGCGACCGGUUCGUGGAGUCUGCCGUGAACAACACGCUGCCGGCGCUGGAGCCGUGGCCGGGCCAGCACCGGUUCCGCGUGUCGGUGCGCACGCCGCCGCCGGCGCAGCACGGCCGCCAGCCGCCCUACGUGUUCGACAGGGAGACCAACAAGCUGUACGUCGACAUGAUCAUCGCGGUGACGUUCGCGUUCCGCGUCGCCGAAGGCACGGACACGACGCGUCUGCGCGUGUCGGCGCUGCCCGUCUACCCGGACAUGCACCACGUCAACACGCCGGUGCGCCGCUGUCCCACCCACCGGCUGCCCGAGCUCGAGUGCAACAACGGCGCCGGCAGCUUUAUCGACCACGUCAUUCGCGCCGAGCACGACGAUGCUGUGUACCAGGAGGGAGGCACUACUAAGGAGCGUCGCAGUGUGGUGGUGCCGUACGAACGACCGCCGCCGGGCACCCUCGACUACCUGGUCUCCUACCGGUUCUGCUGCAUGAACACCUGCGUGGGUGGCAUCAAUCGGCGCCGCCUGAUGGUCCUGUUCACCCUGGAGGACUCGAGCACCGGAGAGGCUUUGGGUCGGCAGUCUGUGGAGGUGAAGGUGUGUAAGUGCCCACACCGUGACGCGCGCACCGACCGGAGCCGCGCGCUGCCCAAGCAGCGCCGGCCGGCGUCCUCGCCCGACCCUCAGGAGCCGCCGGCGCGCCGUCCGUGUCCGGCCGGCCGCCUAGUCGUCGAGGUGGACGACAUGAUCGAAUACGACCACCUGAAGGCCGUGCUGGCGUCGUUCCGCGCGGCGCGCCGCAGUCUGCUGAGAGCCCGCUCCACCAGUGACAGCGCCGCGCCCGCGCCGCCGGCCUCCGUCAGUAGCGAUACGACCAGCAGCGAGCGGGAUUCCCCUGCUGAGCGGCGCACGCUGUUCAAAACUGAGGCGCCCUGACUGAGCUGAGUGCGCCGUCUGAUAGUGACGUUGGCCGAGGCGAGGAAGAUGUCGCUACUUUGAUCGCCGGUAGUUGACACUGCUGUCGCUACGACCGGCCCUUCAUUGUCGUCGAAGGAAGGCGAACCGAGGCGAUGAGCUGCUUGAGAGCUUGUUGCCAUCGAGAGUCUUUCAGUGUAUAUAGCUGGUUUGGUCCUUUUGAUUGGCUUACGCCCGGAGUGGUCCGUUUUGAACGCAGUGAUACUCUGAGCUGGAUGAUAAGUGUUAUUGAUAAGUGUUAUACGUGUCAACAACCAUAUUUGCUGUAUGGAUGUUUAAUGGAUCAUUGUAACUAGCUAGCAGUACGUGUAUGUGAGAUUAACGCUACCACAGCUUCAAAAAUAUAUGUGCUUUGAAGA